ACUAACUCUUUGCGUUUGUAUGUCAUCAUGACAGCUGCAAAUGGCAGAGGAAUGCAUGAAGUAUGCGAUGGAUUUGAGUGGUUUGUUACUGCUUUAUUCUUCUCUGGGAGAUGCUGAAGGUGUGACAAAACUUGCAACACUUGCUAAAGAACAAGGGAAGAACAAUGUCGCCUUUCUUUGUCUAUUCAUGCUUGGUAAACUGGAAGAUUGUUUGCAGUUAUUGGUGGAGAGCAACCGGAUACCAGAAGCUGCUCUGAUGGCACGAUCAUAUCUUCCAAGCAAAGUUUCGGAGAUAGUAGCUCUUUGGAGGAAAGAUCUCAGCAAGGUUAAUUCGAAAGCAGCAGAAUCUUUGGCUGAUCCUGAGGAGUACCCAAAUCUCUUUGAAGAUUGGCAAGUUGCUCUUUCUGUCGAAGGUAGAGCUGUAGAGACAAGGGGAGUUUACACAGGUGCAGAAAAUUAUCCUAGCCAUGCUGAUAAAUCUUCCAUGACCCUCGUGGAAGCCUUCAGAAACUUGCAAGUUGAGGAAGAGGAAUCACUUGAAAAUGGAGAUAUCGAACACGAGGAGGUAGUAGCAGAAGAAAAUGGAAAUGAACAAGGGAAUGAGGAGGAUGUAGAGGAGCAUCAUGAAGAAAAAGAAGCAGAAGGAGAAGAAGGAAUUGUUGAUGGAGACUCAACGGAUGGAGCUGUACUUGUUAACGGAAGUGAGGCUGACGAAGAGUGGGGUACGAAUAAUGAAGGAAACCCAUCAGCCUAAUAGCAAGUCGGUCAAGGCCAAUGUUGAAAAGUCUGAAAAUUUUGUCUCUGUGCUUACACCGCGUCAGUAGAGUUUACAGUUUAUGGGAAUGGCGAUUGUUCCAGGAACAGUGGAGAGGACUCAGUUCUUUGCUGGAGGAUUUAGAUGAAAAGAGAGAGGCUGGUGAGUUAAAAGGAGGUGUGGUUGUUCCUUUUUGUGUCUUUGCACUCAUAGCGAAAUUUAUUAUCAUAUGGUUUUGUUUUGUUUUUACCAGUACUACUUGGAUUUCAUCCGAUUGUUUUUUUUUUUUAAUCCUUUUAUCUGGCCUGUAACAUGAUUUGUUUAAUUUUUAUGGUUGCAUAUGUAAUUCUUUUGAAGCUUUAA